GCGGUGGCGGCGCCUGUGCUCGCUCGUCGGGGCGGGAGGGAGGGGAUCGCCGAGCGUGUGCGAGGGAGGGAAGGAGCUCGCAGCCCGCGCCGCCGGCUCCCCGCAGCGCCAGCCAGGCCCCGCCGCCGCCCGCAGCCCCGCGCCGAGCCCGGGCCGCGCCGAGCCGAGCUGGAUCAGGCCGGGGCCAUGCUGCUCACCGUGUACUGUGUGCGGAGGGACCUCUCCGAGGUGACCUUUUCCCUCCAGGUCGACGCCGACUUCGAGCUGCACAACUUCCGCGCGCUGUGCGAGCUCGAGUCGGGCAUCCCCGCGGCCGAGAGCCAGAUUGUCCAUGCUGAAAGACCUCUCACAGACAACCACAGGUCUCUGGCUUCUUACGGCUUGAAAGAUGGAGAUGUCGUGAUUUUACGACAGAAGGAGAAUGUGGACCCUCGACCUUCAGCACAGUUUCCAAACAUACCCCGAAUAGACUUCCGUAGUAUAUCUGUGCCCGGCACCUCGAGCUCCCGGCAGCGGCAGCCACCCGGGGUCCAGCAGUCCCGCUCGUCUCCCGGAGAACUGGCUGGGUCUCCGCAGGGCUUGGACAAUCCGGCCUUGCUCCGAGACAUGUUGCUGUCCAACCCCCACGAGCUGUCCUUGCUGAAGGAACGCAACCCGCCUCUGGCAGAUGCUCUGCUCAGUGGCGAUCUUGAGAAAUUCACUAGGGUGCUGGUGGAACAGCAGCAGGACCGAGCCCGGAGAGAGCAAGAAAGGAUUCGUCUCUUUUCUGCUGAUCCUUUUGAUCUCGAAGCUCAGGCCAAAAUAGAAGAAGAUAUAAGGCAACAGAACAUUGAGGAAAACAUGACCAUAGCUAUGGAGGAGGCUCCGGAGAGUUUUGGCCAAGUAGUGAUGCUUUAUAUUAACUGCAAAGUGAAUGGACAUCCUGUGAAAGCCUUUGUUGACUCAGGUGCCCAGAUGACUAUUAUGAGUCAAGCUUGUGCGGAAAGGUGUAACAUAAUGAGGCUGGUGGAUCGUCGGUGGGCUGGGAUCGCCAAAGGAGUGGGCACCCAGAAGAUCAUUGGAAGGGUGCAUCUAGCUCAGGUGCAGAUCGAGGGCGAUUUCCUGCCGUGCUCCUUCUCCAUCCUUGAGGAGCAGCCCAUGGACAUGCUUCUGGGACUGGACAUGCUGAAGCGGCACCAGUGUUCCAUUGACCUCAAGAAAAACGUCCUCGUGAUCGGCACCACAGGCUCCCAGACCACCUUCCUCCCCGAGGCAGAGCUCCCCGAGUGUGCCCGGCUGGCCUACGGGGCCGGGCGGGAGGAGGCGCUGCGGCCCGAGGAGAUCGCAGACCGAGAAUUAGCAGAAGCCCUUCAGAAGUCCGUACAGGAUGCAGAGAAAAGUGGUGAAGAAACUACCUCACUGGGAAUGUCAUCGUUACCAACUUCAGAUGGAUUUAACCAUCCGACCCGUCCUUCAGGACAGAGUCCUGAGAUUGGUAAUCCCGCGGGUCUCGCUCACUCUGUCUCUGCUUCAGUCUGCCCCAUCAAGCCCAGUGACCCAGACAGCAUCGCACCGAACGCUGUGAAGGCCUCGAAGGCUACCACUGAAUUCCAGAUACCCUCUGAAAAAAAAGAGCAUCUUCCUCUACAGGAUCUCUCUGGUCCUGCUUCUCCAGCAGACUGGAGUCCGGCUAUUCCCUGGCAGAAUUCACCAGGGGAAGCCACUGCCGCAGAUGAUCUGGAGCCAUCUCCUGCUGAAAGAAGCACCCAGAGCCUCAACUCCCCUCUCCACCCAACACAGGAAGUGUCUGUCACAGCGACUAGGAUGCAAGAACCGCAGAGGUUUCUAGGUGAAAAGGGUUGGCAUCCAGAAUGUCAGACUCUGAGUCAGGUGAAUGGCCUUCUGCAGCAGGAGGAUCCAGGGGAUGGACAGCAUGAGGUUGUACAACAGAAUGUGCCACAUGACUUAGAACAUCUUUGUAACAAGGGGGACCUUGAACUUCUUGGAGAAAGGCAACAGAAUCAACCAAAAAGUGUGGAUAUGGAAGCUGCGAUGAAAGGAGACCGUCCGCGGCAGGAUGUGGACCGGCUGGGAGCAGCUGUACAGAACAGUCUCCCUUCAGGGUGCUCUGACUGCUCCAAUUCAGAGACACUUAUGGAAGUAGAUGUAGUUGAACAGCCCGCACUCCCUGUUGUUAGUUCGGCAGGCGAUCAGAAUGCCAUUGUCAAGAGCGUCGGUGCAUCUGAUCUCACCUUCGAUAAUCCCUUGAUGGAAAUGGAAACAUCAAAAUGCAACCCUUCAUCUGAAAUCUUGAGUAGUUCCAUUUCCGCUCAGAAUUUACAGCGCCCAGAAGGCAAUGUGGAAAUGUCCGGAACAAAUGAAGACUGCGGGAAUUGCUCCCCCGCCGUAGGUCUCUGUGGCAGUUGUCAGCCCUCUGUGGAUUCGGCAGAGGAAUCUUGCUCCUCCAUCACAGCAGCCUUGAAGGAACUUCAAGGACUUCUGGUCACUAGUAGCAAACCAGCUUCAGAAAUCACAUCUGAAGACGUUAUCUGUCAAUCAGAAACAGUAACCGAGGGCCAAACAAGUCUGGGGGUCCUUUCUGAAGGAUGGAUCCAGAGUGAACAGUGUUCACAGGUCUCUUUUCAUCAGGCCACAUCUGUUUCAGUAAAGACAGAGAAAUCAGUGGACACUUCAGCUGGCACCGGAAUGGAAGAUGCAGAAGAUGCUAACUUCAGGGGUCCAGCUGAUGGCCUAGUGGCUGACUCAGAAGGUGCCCCCCAGUCUACAGAAUCAGUAAAUGAGAGCAGUUCUGUCAUUCUAGCCUCAGCUAAAAUGUCUAAUCAAUUACACUGCACCUUAGGUGUAGAAAUUUCACCAAAAUUUCUAGCAGGUGAGGAAGAGGCACUCAAGCAGACUUCGGAGCAAACGAAGUCCUUGUCAUCGGAGUUCAUGUUGGUUAAAGAUUUGGGUCCGGACACACAGAACCUGGUGACAGGUGGGCCUGAGACCAGAGAAGGUGUCUGUCCUGAAGCUGAAUUGGAGCCGCCUACCAGCUAUCCGUCAACGGGCCCCUCCAUCCUCCCACCGUUACUUUUCCCUGCAGCGGACAUUGACCGGAUUCUCCACGCCGGCUUUACCUUGCAGGAAGCUCUCGGGGCUUUGCAACAAGUUGGUGGGAACGCAGACCUUGCACUUCUUAUUUUGCUAGCAAAGAACAUUGUAGUUCCUACGUAACCAUGGAAAAAGUGGGCUAGACCAUACUCCAUUCCCUU